CCUCUAUGUUAAUAUUUAGAUUCAGCGUCAAUUCUAUGGAAAAUGAUAUAAUUGCAGAAUUUCCAACUUCGGGCGGCGCAUGCGUAGCUUCCUGUCACGGCAUCUGGCCAAAAGACACAAUGAACACUCCCUCAUUUUCAGCAGUCAACUUUUGUCUCUGAGCACCGCACAGAAGACCUACCAAAGUUUCAUGCCCAUCUUAAUUGUCAUGAAAAGGAGGCAGUUUGGGAAUGGCGAAUUUUUACUUCAAGACUUUCGUUCAGUUCGGAAUCUUGCUUCUUGUAGGGUCUGACACGAGUACCUUAGUCGGGGCCUUGGACAUCAAGCCGAAGUCGCAGUCUUGCAGAGGUGCCUUCGAUAUGUAUUUCGUUCUAGACAGGUCUGCCAGUGUGACACCGAAGAACUUUCGGGAAGAGACGGUGGACUUCGUGGAGAAGAUUGUUAACAGUUUCCACAGCCCCAAGGUCCGUUUUUCCUUCAUCACCUUCUCAGACGAUGCUUCUGUUGUCAUGGAGCUGUCCAACGACCCGGAUGUCAUCAAACAUGGUCUGUCCCACCUUCGACAGAUCGACACGUACGGAGGAACUUUUAUGAGUCACGGUCUACGUAAGGCAAAUGCUCAGAUUGUGGCUCUAGGCGGAGACACUGCUAGCAUCAUAUUUGCGCUGACGGAUGGAAAACUUACGGAUGAGCCUCAAUCGUUUAAUGAGGCAGAUAAGUCUAGAUCCCUGGGAGCAACAGUCUUUGCAAUUGGAGUCGGAAAUUAUGACGACGUCCAGUUGAAAUACGUGGCUGAUAAACCUGCCAAGGACUAUGUGUACCUUCAGCACGAGUUUGAAGCACUGGAUGGCAUCAUUGAUGUGGUCGUUAACAAAUCCUGUAUAGAAAUCGUGUCCGCGGACCCGCCAUAUGUGUGUGCUGACACCGUGUUUGAGGUAGAUAUUUGGGGAAAUGGCUUCAGAAAAACCGACAAUAUAUCGAACGUCUUCUGCAACUUCAGAUUGAACGACACAGACAACCAAGUUUUUAGGCCGAAGGAGGUGAGAAGCGACUAUCUACGCUGCCCAGCACCUAAAAUUGACGAGCCCGGAAGCUUCCUUGUUCUUCAAGUAAGCGUCAAUGGGAAGACCUUCAUUUCCAGCAACGUCACAAUUGAAGCUCUAGAUUGUACUCCGACAGACGUGGCGGCGAUCGUACUGCCAUUGUUCUUCCUGCUGCUGCUGCUGGCGCUGCUGCUGCUCUGGUGGUUCUGGCAGCUGCUUUGCUGUUACGUCGCCAUCAGUGAGAAAGAAGAAGACGCAGACGAGGAAGAGCCGAAACCCAAAUGGCCCAAGGUUAGUGCUUCCUACUACGGAGGUAGAGGCGCUGGAGGGAUGUCCCGGAUGCAGGUAGAAUGGGGAGGACUGGGAUCAACUGAGGCAGGAGCUAAGCUUGAUCGACCAAAAGACUCUAAGAUUGAAAUCCCACAAGAGCCAAUGCCCAAGUCCCCCACAUUGUGGGAAACUAUCAUGGGGAAACUACGAACAUGUCGCGACUAUCUACUAAAGCAGUACCACAGAGUUGACAUCAUGAGACCGAGGCCAGGAGACAAGAGUUGGUGCAUCGUUGUGAGAAGAACAUGAGAAGAGGAAAUAGCACCUUACUGUCUGGUGUAUGUGGGUGAGAGAAAGUUAACCAUAUUUCCCUCACAAAAAAGCACUUGGUUGAGAAUGAGUCAGCAAAGAUUCGUCUAAGGUUUUUGACAAGUCAUGAGAAGGUUGGGAAAACGUUGGGAGUAAUUCACCAGUUGUUAUGGUGUGGUUGGAAGUCAAAUCUAACUGCUGACUUACUUCUAACCACCAGCCAACCAUCAGUCUGUCCCAGCCAACCCAUUCCAGACCUUCCGUCCACAGCUGAUAACCAGCCAACCUCGCCGACAACCAGCCAACCACAGCCGACUUUUCCCCAACUCACUACCAGCCAUAGCCUUUAACAUGUCCUGUUGGACAAUGUUGGAAACAGUGUUCAUGAUGCCACACGGGUGACACCGCAGAUGAGAGAAAGCAUGCCUGCGGCGUUAGACAAGGAUACAUGACUGAUGGGUCCUACACAUAGACUUCCCGAUGCCCCGGCUCAGUAGUUGAGACGUUAUGGAUGGUAUUCACGUAGCUGAUGCAAAGGCAAUGGCAAAAUGUGACAAGAAAUCGGGCUCAAAGGAUUAAUAAAAGACCUUUAUUGUACAGUUAUCAUUUAACGUUAAGUACAGGUCGUAGCGAUAAGGCACGCAUUUUGAAAUAAGACAAUGGUUUCAUACUAAUGCAUGCUAGUAUAGUAGUACGACAGGUUCAACUUUCAAAUCCGUCUCGCGUCUUGAAAGACAGUUGUAAACAUGAAAAGAUGAAAUCAGAAAAUUUCAUUUAUCCACUUGCAUGAGGAAUGUGAUUUUUUUAUUUGAAUAAUACAUGUAAUACGAUUAUAUACAAUCAAAGGGGGCAUUUCUCUCGUCGGUGUAUGACUUGACUUGACUUGGUAUAAAGUAUAGAAUCCACAAUAAAAUGAGUCAUCCUCUGUCUUGCUAAAGGUAUGGUAUUGGCAAGAGUUACGCCGAAAAGACAGUCACUCAAGCAACUGAUUUUGGAAACGGUUAUACGUUUCAACUAGCAUCCACUAGUUUUCGUCAGUGACACUGAAGAAAUCUUGUUGGAGAGGGUUUUAAGAGUUACUUGAAGAACCGUUGCCUGCUACAUGUGAAGACAAGGCUUGUUGAUUAUCUCUAAUGAACAUUAUGAAUUGUACUGUAGAAUCUUAACAUACAGAAUUUGUACAGUAAAAUUAGAUAGCUAUACAGUUCGUGUUGAAUAGACCAACCGACUUCUCAUUACCAUACCAACAACCACCAACGAACCCCCCCCUGGAGAUCACCUUUACAUAUACAUCAUUACACCACCGUUACAUAUCAUUACAUAGAAUAGGUGUUAAUGGACAGACGGUUCAUGACGGAUGGCGUUAGAUUCAAAACUAAAAAAAAGAUUGAUUCCAAACCAAAUAGGACAUUCUACAAAAUGUAAUAAAUACAAGCACACUCAGUUCACCUGAAACGGAUAUCGUCGUCAGGUAGUGAGGUGACGUCUUUACAAUGGUGAGCAAAAAAGAGUCCGUAGGACACAAACCUUCGUGAAAUAAUAAAGUGUGGGAUAAGGUGUUUGACACUUUCUUUACCAGUAAUAGUACACUUUUUCCAACAUGUUUCCAUUUAUGUCCAGGUAACUGUUUAUCUUAACACUUGACAGCAACUAAGGCAGUGGCCGAAUCUGCUUGGAGAGUAUCUAAUCAGCUCCAGGCUGUAGGCGACCAUCAACUCUUCUAAUGGCUGCAACACACCACGGUGCCAAAAAUGGUCGUGCGUCCUCAGAACUCCAUAACUACUGACAUGCUAAGAUAUAGAAAAUGAUUAAUCUUUGAGAACACACAGACCCUGACAAAAACAUUACCCCAAUGUGAACAAUGCUUAGGAGCAAAUUCAGCUAUUUUCACUCCGCUCCUCCUUGCAAAAAUAGACUGUUCCAAAAUUGAAUUUGAAACGAGAUCCCAUUUGCGAAUGACUCGGAACUACGGUUCUUUCAUACUAGUACCAUACAGUAAUCACACUUUUAUUUCUUGAUUACAACACGCACACUGUAUGCUAGUGAUUCACACAUUUACAAAGAAGACACCGUUGUUCUUCAAGAAAGAAAGUUUUUAUUUCAAAAACGUAAAUUGUGUCGUAUUUUCCUCUACCGAUUGAACACGUUAUGAGACCCUAAACUUUGGUAUUACAUACCCACAGCAGACAAUAGCGUGGUUUUCCUGCUUAUGUACACAAGGCAUGGCUCUCGUUCUUGCCUCGGACCAUCAGAGAGUAGAAUGGACUUGAGCCUGGUGUGACGGAGGCGGAGUCUCUCUCCCAGUUCAAAACUUAGCUGGGCAGGACCCUGCUGCAUUGAGCCACCCCCACACGUCUUGUAUAUAUGUAAAUAUAUGUUCUAUUAAAUCACUUAACUCACUUGUCCUGUCCUUUGCACACACAAAAUCAGUUUGUUUUCAUUUCCCUUAGCGUUUUUCCUUUAUUUUCCCUUGUCUAUUUGUACUGGGCACUUGCGUUGUAAAUAACUCAUGGGCAAUCUGCCGUUGAUCUCUAAAAUUAGAGGCUUGGCAGUACAAAAGAAGAAGAAGACAAGGGCAGUUGCUGUACUUAUUCAAGAUUGUCACAAGUAUUAUCAAUCAUCAUACAAACAGAUAUUGCUAAACAAAAUCUCUUUACCAAAAUAUGCUUAUCAGAACUGUCCUACUCAGCCGUUUUCAGUGAAGUGUAUGUUUGUAAAACCCAAUUGGAUAGCAUGGCUGCACUGUGCCACUGCAAUGACAUUAUCAGAACAAAUACAUAUAAAGUUAUGUACAUUGUAUUCAGACAAGAAGGAUCACAUACUGUUUUUAUACUUAUGAUUAGCUAAUACAUAUGUAUUGAUGAACAAAGCUAAUUAGUCACUGUAUAUUUAUUUACACCAAGUCUGUUUUGUAAAUCUUAAUGUAUUGUAGUUUUAGAGCUUAAUACCUGAGCACGGGAGGCACAAUUAUACAGUUCGGUCAGAACACCACCUAAAAACAUCCAUAAAAUCAUUUUAAACGUAGCUAUAAAAAAAACAACAUAAAAAGACGGGUCUGGGUAUUAGCACACUCUACGUUUGUGCCAAAUUUCAAGUCAUUUGGUUCAGGAACGACGAAGAGGAAUCACUUUAAAGAUCGCGACAGGAGAAAGAAAGAAAGAAGAAACAUUACGAACAUAAUAGUUUCACUCCCUAGCGUACCUACGGUAAGCGGAGUGAAAAUAAAUAUGCGCAGCUUAACGUUACAUGUCUCUUCAAGACCAUGAAGAUCCGCCAUCCCGUUGAGAUACUCUUUCAAGGUUUUAAACAAAAUCGGCCCCUGCAGUAAAAAAUAUACUUUAGAGGUGGGAAACCUACAUCCACUUACUCUCCAUCUCAUCUAUCUGCCACUCAAAAAUCAUAAUCAUAGUAUGUUCAGAACAUAAGAUAUAAAAAUCAGAAGUUUCCGCUGCAGUACCAAAUAAGGUCUUGCCAUUUCCAGGUAUUUCAGGCCCUACCCACUACAAGAUAUAUGCAAGAAAAAUACAUACAUGAGGGGUUUAGCUCUAUCAAAAAUAAUUUAAAACUGUCUUUUCUUAACAAAUCAGUUUCAGUUCAGUCAUACAUCUGGUGACACUAUGAAGUCCCUCAAGAUGACUCUGUCGUGCAUGACAGACAGGAGGUCCCUUUCUUGGAGACAAUCCUCCUCCUCGAUCAACCUCCUAAGGGUCAGGGAUGUUAUGAGCAAGAAACAUACCUUUA